UUGGAAUAAAUUAUAUUGGUUAAGUGAUGGAGGAAGAUACAAAUAUUUUGAUAGACGAUAAUCUAACCUCUGAAGAGGUUAGGUUUUUGAAUAAGCUGGAUGGUGAAUUGAUCGGAGAUAAAGACAAUUUUGAUAUAAGCAAGAGGAAAAAAAAGAAAAAAAAGAAUAAGAAAGAUGAUGAAGACAGUAAAAGAAAUAAUAAUGAAGGUGAUAGUCAAUUAAGAAAAAGUAGAAGCAGAAGCAAUCAUAGAUUAAGAUCUAGCAGCGAAGAGUAUAGUCAAGAGGAUCUGGAGGUAUCGACUGUAAAGAGGAAGAAGACUGAGAUAAAAAAUGUUGAGCUUGGUAGCAGUAGAAAUAGCGGCAGGGUUUUUUCAAGCUCUUCUAAUAAUAACGUUCAGGUUUCUAGUCCUGUGAGCGGUCAAGUACUCUACAACAGGUUAGAUAAAGGGCCAUUCAUAGUGUAUAUAAAGAAGAAAAUAUUUCAAGACAGUGAUUCUAUGACCAAAGUAGUGCAAGAUGAUGAUCCUAAAAAGAAGAAAAGCCUUAUGAAUAUUGAAGUCGCUCGUUUGUUAAAAUUGUUUGGUAUCAAGAAGUUUAAUUUAUUGGAAAAAUUCUCAAGAAAUAUUUGGCAAAUUACUUUUGAAAGUUUUGAAGAAGCCAAUAGUGCCUUAGUAAAUGAGUUCCUUAAAAAGAAUAACUGGGAAAGUUACAUACCUCGUGAAAAACUAUUUUGUAAAGGAAUUGUUAGAGAAGUACCUUUAGAUGUAGAUAUUAAAGAACUGCUAAGUGAGAUUAAUAACUACUUCAAUAAUCCUAGAAGCGUGAAUGCAUACAGAUUAAGACGGAAAGUAUUUUCAGAAGGCAAGGUAGACUGGUGUGAUACCUUUCCUGUAUGUGUCACUUUUCGAAGUAGUCAAGUUCCCAAAGCUAUUACACUGUGGAACUGCAAGGUUAAGGUGGAUUACUUUAUUCCAAAUAUAAGACAAUGCUUUAAGUGUGGUCAAACGGGACAUAACAGUAAUUUUUGUGAAGAAAGCAAAGAAAAAUGUCUUUACUGUGGACAAGAUAAGCAUGGUAAUUUUAAAGACUGCAAUAGAACACCUAAAUGUGUGAACUGUAAUGGUGAGCACAAAAGUUUAAGCAAAGACUGCAUAGUUGUGAUAAAGUUAAGAGAAAUUAGCCAAAUGAUGGGUAGGGAGAAUAUAUCCUUUAUUAAUGCAAGAAACAAGUACGAAGAUGAUGUUAAAAGGAACCUGCUUCCUGAGAGAUCAUUACAUCAUUUUCCAAGGCUGUCUCCCAAUAUCGAAGAAGCGUCAUAUGCUAGUGUGGUCAUGAAAGACGAUAUAAAAAAAAAAUUAUCAGCUGAUAGAAACCCACGAGAAAAAGAAAUAUCAGAAGAGAAUAAGAUUGCACUUGAAGAGCUUCUCGAAGCUAUUCCUCAGGUUCCAGACAUUACUAACUUAUGGCCACGGUUAUGGAAAGUUAUUUCAUUACAUAUUUCUCUAAAUAAUGGAGCCUUACAAAAACAACCUUAGGAUUAUCCAAUGGAAUUGUAGAAGUAUCGAGAAGAAGCUACCAGAACUUUAGUUUAGGGCUGGGGAAUAUGACUUAAUAUUGUUAUCUGAGACCUGGUUAAACAUGGACAAGAACAUUUAUGUACGUGGUUUUGAUGUAAUGAGGAAAGACAGAGUUGCUCAAGCUGGUGGUGGAGUGGCCAUUCUAAUCAGGAACGGAUUUAAGUAUCGGACAGUUAAUAACAUUUAUGAUUGUAAUGGUAAGAUAGAAAUCCUUGCUGUAGAGCUUUUAAUUGAAAAAGAAUGGUACCUCUUUGUUUCUUGUUACAGAGCUCCAGAUGCUUGCAUUCGUGAGGCCGAGUGGAUACGCUUCUUCGAUCAGUUUGGGGUCAGAUCUUUUGUAGGGGGUGAUUUUAAUGUCCAUCACUAUUUAUGGGGCAGUGCUUAUUGUUGUACAGUAGGUCAUUUAGUAAGGGAAGCCUUGGAUGAUUCGGUGCUCGGGGUGCUCAAUGAUGGGAGUCCUACUUUUUAUUUCAAGAGGAGAGACGCUAUGAAGUAUGACAGUUUGGAUUUAUCCUUUGCGGAUCACAGAACUUUUGCAUCAUAUGACUGGAGGGUUUUGGACGACUCUUGGGGAAGCGACCACUUUCCUAUUUCCAUAAUUCUAAAUAAAAGACCAGAUUUUGGAGGUAAAAAUCACAUUUCAUAUAGGAUUCAUAACGCAAGAACUGAUUGGGCUGUAUUUGAUGAUAAUAUCAUGAAUAAUGUGCAAGCUUUUGAAGAAGUUGUGAGAAAUGAACGAAAUUGUACGCAAGGCAAAUAUAAUGAUUUUGUUAACCUUUUAACUCGAUGUAGUUUAAAGGCUACCCCACACAAUCAACGUAGUCAAUCCAACGCAUGUAGGAAAAAUAAUAGAAGGUCAAGGGUUCACUCAUCAGCAGGUGGUUCUUCUCCAUGGUGGAAUAGGGAGUGCGAUAAGCUCCUCAGAGUUCGGAGAGCAAAAUUCUUACAAAUGAAGGCAAGAUUCUUAUCAGAUAAUUUCGUCGAGUAUAAUGAGGCAAAAGAAAAUACUAAGACAAGCUUAAAGAAAAUAAAGAAAAAUAGUUUCAUCGGGUUCUGUGAGUCAAUUUCAAGAAACACUAGUCAGUCUUACAUAUGGAAGAAGAUAAAAGCCUUUAAAAGCAGAUGGAAUUGUUCUUCUACGGCACAUCAGUACAAAGAGAAGGUUACUAACAACGCAAAAGAAGUAAUUGAGCAGUUAUGUCCGGCAUGGUGUA